CUCAAGUGAAUGUGGUGUAUUAUAUCAGCUGACUCUUAUUUUCGGUGUUCAGAUCCAUAUUGAUUUCGAGUACUGUAAUGAACACAAUUCUUAUGCAGGCAGGAAUUUAUUACUAAUGAACUGAAUAAUAUCGUGCAAGUAACUCGAAUAAUAUAAUAUAUCCAAACAAAGAACCCUAUUCGAACUCCACCCUAAUUAUUACUAACGAACUUAAUAAUUUCGUACAAUUAAAUCGAAUAAUAUAUAUUCAUGCAAGUAACUCAAUUCGAACUCGACCCUAAUUAUUAUUAAUGAACUGAAUAAUAUCUCGCAAGUAACUUGAAUAUUAUAAUAUAUUCACGCAAAUAACUCGAAUCUAAAUCGACCCUAAUUAUUAGUAAUGAACUGAAUAAUAUCUCGCAAGUAACUCGAAUAUUAUAAUAUACUCAAGCAAGUAACUCAAGUCGAGUAGUAAUCGACCUUAAUUAAAGUAUCAUUACACCAAGUGAGUUGAAGGGUGCAAGUUACAAUGGUGCUGCUGCACGUCAAGAAGGGCCAGGAGAGCUUGUUCCUGCUGGAGGCGUCCACGGUGACGCCCGUGAGCGAGGUCCUCAGACUGGCGGUGAGCCUGCACAACGACAGGCUCGGUAUCCUGGAUACCUGCGCUGAGUUGGAGCUGCUGGCCUGCCACGGCGCGGCGCUGCCGCCCGCCAUGCACGGACUGCUGCAGGAGCAGGCAGCUGAGCUGCGCCUCACCGACGACUGGACGCCCGCCCACCCCCCCACCGGCGGCUUCAGCCUCAACAAAGACGCUACAUAUUUAAUACGGUACAGAGACCCGUGCGGGAGGCGGAACGGGCAGCAACCGACGGCAGAGAUGCAAGAAGUGCUGCGCAAAGCUGUCGCUGAGGCCAAAGGCAUCAUUUCGAAGGAAAAUGUGAAGAACAACAGACCACUCACGGAGCAGCACAUGGAGGACUGCCUGGAGAUGCUCAAAGGCUGCGUCUCCCUCGUGUACCCUGACGGUCUGCCCUCCUACGACGUCAUCGCUCAGCGCCUGCACCGCGACCCAAACGCCCCGCCCCUCAACCGCGCGUUGGAAGCCCCGAUGUCGCAGCUGUGGUUCGCAGGCAAGGCGCUGGACGCUGGGAAGUCGGUCGGCGAUUGCUUCGGCAGAAAUGAGAAGACCAAGGCCGUGGUGCAGCUGGGGGCCCGGGGCGAGGUAGCGCCGGUGCGGGAGCCGCAGCUAGACGAGGCGCAGCAGGCCAGCAUGAUGGCUUACUGGCACCAGCGCCGGCAACAGCUGAAGAAACUCGAUGAAAACGAUGACGAUUCUUACCUGGACUCAGCCUGGGCAGACUCUCACGGUUUACAGCGGCAAUUUCAUGGACUAGAAAAUAUCAAGUGGAGACCGGCUUGAAAUUAUAUAAUAUAAUAUAUCAAUAUAAUAUCAUCAACUCUAUUGUAUCUUCAAUGAGCAAGUGAAUAAUGAGAGAUGCAUGGAUUAGUAUAAGAUAUUGAAGAAAAUUUUACUCAUUGAUCUAGAAAUUAUUAUUCCUAAACAUUUUUUGUUUGAUUUCGAGUCUACCUUAUUUUAUAUAGUUACAUUUUGUAAAGUGUGA